AUGUUUAUUGCACUGUUUGCUACCGUGUAUCUACUAGCAAUUUCAAUUGAGGCUAGAGUUAUAAAAAUUGAUGGAAUACCAUUAACAUCACAGGAGGUUAUAAUUAAAAUCGAUUUAAACAAUGAAUCGAAUCCAACAGCUAGAGUUAGGAUAAUUGAAAGAGAACCGACAAAUAUGGAGGCAGGGUUCAAGAAAGUGGUGCCUACAUUGGAGAAUCGUAAUUUUAUUGGUGAUAACAAGUGCCCUGAAAAUUAUAAGAAGAUUGGACCAAAAUGUGUUGAGAUUAAAAAACCAAAAAGCUAA